AGCCGUUUGUGCUGGUGUCCACAGAGACAGACCACAAAUGAAGCUGGUGUCUUUAGACUUUGUUUGUAAUUCUGUAAUCUUCAAAAUUCGAAAUAAAAAAUUAAAAUCAAAUGAAGUGAAGACGGUUUUUUAGUAGUUUCAGGUUGGAGAUCUCAACAAAUCUAUCUGUCUAAAUCUAAAUAUUGGUGACUGUUGCAUGGUUGUACACUAACAUUGCCCUAAGCAUAACCAUUAUUAUUCUAAUUAUCAUACUAAUAUUUAAUUUAAAAACAUGCUGGGCUAUGCAAACGCAGGUAUUCCAGAUAAAUCCUGGCAACCACCUACUGCAGUACUAGAAACUACGAUGGGCACAAUAGUUGUAGAGAUGUACUGGAAACAUACACCAAUGACUUGCAGAAACUUCAUGGAACUAGUUAGAAGGAAUUACUAUAACAAUACAAAAUUCCAUAGAGUCAUUAGAGAUUUCAUGAUCCAAGGAGGUGAUCAUACUGCAACAGGAAAGGGUGGUCAGUCAAUAUAUGGACCACAGUUUGAUGAUGAAAUAACAACUGAUUUGAAGCAUACAGGGGCUGGUAUACUUUCUAUGGCAAAUGCUGGCCCAAACACUAAUGGUUCUCAGUUUUUUAUAACAUUAGCACCUACACAAUGGUUAGACGGAAAACACACUAUAUUUGGAAGAGUCCAAAGUGGAAUGACAGUGGUAAAAAGAAUAGGUCUUGUUGAAUGUGAUAAAAAUGACUGCCCAGUUGAUGAUGUGAAAAUUGAAAGAGCAUAUAUACCAAAAUAAAUGUGUAUUGCAUUCAGUAAAGAA